GUCUGCAUACUCGUGCGACUCUGAGAGCAGUGCGACGAACACCCUAAACGUCGCAGUUGUCGUUGUCGUUGUUGUUGUUUUAGGCCUCGUCGCGGUGUAAACACAGCGAAGAGAAAGUUACACUCGACUCGAUACGACGAAUUCGGAGCGUAAAGAAACAAUCGUCGACAUUUGUAAAUAGCUCCUGAAAUGUGCCAUCAUGUCCGUCUCCGAUCCUUUGAUCAAGGAGCUGAAAGGCUACGCUCGCGUGUUGACGGAGCGAUUUUCUGAUAUCACCGACGACACCCCCGAAGUUCCCGAGCUCUGCAGGUGCCUGGAGAAAUGCUUCCAGCGGGGAGUCUCGACGCGCACGACGCCCUCGGGCGUUCAGGAUUUUUCCGAGGUCUGGCAGUGGAUGGAGGAUAUCACAAGAAGAAACGACGACUUUUUACUAUCCUACUCGACGAUCGUCGAAAACGUACUGGAGAAUCAAAAGGUGCAAGAGACCACUGGUAGAAUAAGGCUUUUAAUACGUACUUGUUUGAAUCGUAAAUGUCUUGAUGUUCCAGUUGGUUAUUUGAUAAGAACUCCAUAUUUAGCUUCAGAUUAUUAUAGUAUUAAUAGUAUAUUGGGCCAUGAAAUCUUGGGUGAAAUUUUUUAUUCUGUUUUAUUGCAAAUCAGUAGAUUAAAUUUUAAGCUUGACUUGAGAAACGCCAGUUUUUUGGAUUAUUCAUGGGACUUGCCAAUAUGCAUCAAUGUCGAUUUUGUGCCUUGUAAAACAUUGGGCAUAUCAGUGUGCUUUGAAAAGAGUAAAGCAUUAGUUGUAAGAGUUGAAAAAAAUUCAGUUGCCAGUGAAGAUGGAACAAUAGAGCUUGGAGAUAUACUGGAUGAAAUCAAUGGAAAAGUCAUAUCAACGCAUACAAAAAUAAAUCUUGGUAAAAUACUGAAAAGAACGGCUUGCCUUCCAAUAUCAGCUUAUAUUGUCAAGUUUCGGAACAAGGAAAAAAAUCAAAUUUAUUCUCCCAUUGCUAGUAUUAUAAAAAACUGUCAGUUUGACUACAUGAAGGAUUUGCUCAGCGAUUCAAAGCCAACUCACAUAGAUAUUCAAACACCGGUUCCUGUUUCACCUGAAAAAGAAAACGAUGUAUCUUUAAUCGAUACCAAACCAGGUUACUUGGUUGAUUAUUGUGGUUCUGUCAAAGUUGGACAUGAAGGUGACGUGAAACAGAUCGAGAAAGCAAUAAGAAGAGUCCUUCAUACUGGAAAUAUUAAUUUUGUUCCUGUGAGAUUUGAGUGCCUUGAACUCGCAAUCAAAAUCUCACAAGAUUGUGAUGAUAAAGAAAUUUUAAAACUUAGUUAUAUGGACAUUUCAUCUUGUGGUAGAUCUUCGAACUUUCCAGACCAUUUCGCGUUUAUCGCAGGGGAAACAAAUUGCAGCGUCGCGCUAGAUUUCACCGCGCACGUAUUUUUUCACAAAAACGACAGAGAAGUUCAGAUAAUUUUGGAGAGCCUAGGUCAAGGGUUUUAUCGAACUCAUUUCGCCGUGUAAAAAAGCGGCAAAUUUGUACAAGUCAUACAGUAUUUUAAGCUUUCUAGCAUUUUUGCACGUAAUUAACCAUUACCGUGUAACUUAAUAAUUUAUUAUAAUUAAUUGAGUAAAAAAAAAACUAUUUUAUCUAACAAUAAUUAUUAAAAAAAAAGGAAGUCGAACGAUACCAAAGAUGCAUGUUAAAUUUUUCUCAAAUACUUAUUAAAGCAAACACAAUCAAU